UUUGCUACAGGUACAUAAAACCCAUUCCAAGACUGUCAUUUUACAAAGGGAUUGAAAAAAAACAAAACCAAAAUCAAAGCAAAAGUGACCUCCCUGUUCAGAAAGCGGAACCCAGUGUAUGUGAAGUAAACCUUGUGGUUAUCUUUUCUCCGGUUUUGCAGUCUGGGCAAUACGCAAGUCAGAUGGCUGACCAAAGACAGCGGACUAUGUCGACAUCUGGAGAAGCUUUAUAUGAAAUUCUUGGUCUACAGAAGGGGGCAUCACAAGAAGAAAUUAAGAAAACCUACAGAAAAUUGGCUCUGAAACACCAUCCGGACAAGAAUCCAGAUAAUCCUGAGGCUGCUGAGAAGUUUAAAGAGAUCAACAAUGCUCACACUAUAUUGACAGAUUUGACAAAGAGAAAUAUUUAUGAUAAGUAUGGGUCAUUGGGACUGUACGUGGCAGAACAGUUUGGAGAGGAAAAUGUUAACACUUACUUCAUGCUGUCUAGCUGGUGGGCAAAGACUCUGUUUGUAUUCUUUGGCAUCUUGACGGGAUGCUACUUUUGCUGCUGCCUCUGCUGCUGUUGUAACUGCUGCUGUGGGCGCUGUCGGCCCAAGUCCCCAAGGGUAGGAGAAGAAGUCUAUGUGUCCCCGGAGGACCUGGAGGAGCAAAUCAGGAGUGACAUGGAAAAAGAGGCAGACUUCCCCAUCACCCUCCAGCCUACCUGCGCAAAUGAGAAAACUCAACUUAUCCGAGAAUCCCGCAGCUAUACCACAGACUCCUAGAUGACCAGCACGCUCAGGUUCAUGGGUUCUUCUGGAAGCAGCAGCAACAUGCCUGACAAGUGGAGGGAUUCCUGAAGGAAAGAGCCCCAACGAUGUUGCAAAACCCUAGGAAUCCCUUCCCCAUUUAUGCUUUAUUUUGAGGUUAGGCACAGGUGGUUGCAAUGUAAUUUUUUGAGCAUGCAGACUCUGAGUAUUCUAAUGAAACAGAUUCAAUUAGACAAAUAAAGCCCUGAAGAGUGUACCUUAUGUUCCCCCACACACCCCUACCCCUCUGCCCAGAUACUGUAGGGGCCCAGCAGGUUUUAAAGACCAGUGUGCCCCAUUGAACUAUAACCUCUGCCAGUCCCAAGACUAAAACUGGGAGUCAGUGACUGGAGCAUCUAUCUUUCUUUUCCUCUAAUAAAAUAAAAGCAGUCACAAGAACAGCCACUGAUGUUAAAAGAACACAUUAAAGGAAGAAUUUAAGAAAAAAAUUUAUCAACAGGGGCCAUUCUCCUAUGACCCCUUGCAGACAGAGGGAUUUCCCAACUCACUGCCAGUGGGUUUGGGUUGCAAUGUGUUAAUGACAUCAUUGCAGAUUGUUGUUGGGGGUGGGGCACCUUACCCUUGUACAUAAACAGCAGGCAGCUGGCAGGUACCUGGCUUUCACUGACUUUCUGGCAGAAGAAUGUGAUAAGAAUAAGGUUAAUGGCACCUCCCAAAGCAUACUCUUAGAAUAUAAUUUGAAAGGUCUAAAUCACCAUUUCAAAAAUUGGGGUUUGCAAAAUAGAUAUUUGCUGCUUAAUCUCUCUCCUCUCUUCCUCCUCACCCCCUCUACUCACUUUGCUACAUUAGACCUUACAUUCAGUUGGGUCAAUUAUUUUGAGCCAUGACUCAGAAUCUGCUGUAAAGUCAUUACCGGCCACCAGCCAUGUUGCAGGGGCUUUGUAGUCUUAGAAACGAGAAAGACACAUGCAAGAAACCUACAGAGAGGCUUGAGGACACAGGCAGAGACAAAAAUGCUAACUUUGCUAAUUUUACAAACCUUUUUUUUUUUUUUUUUGGUUUGGAACUAGUUUCAUUUAGAAGAAAGCAAAAAGCUCAGCCACAUACAUUAGGGAAAGCAGUAUCUACCUUAGGGAGUGAAGUUCUAUCCAUUUUCUGAUUCAAUUAUUUCAUUCAUAUUUUAGCAUGAGAGAUGGGAGGGAAGUAAUGAGUAGGGGACAAAAACAGUCCCUAAAAUUGUAUGGGAGUAAAAAUGUAUUGUUUUAAAAGUUUAGUUUUUCUUCUCUUCAAAAAAAUUGUUCCUUUAAACAUUAAA